CGCCGCAGCAGCAGCGCGGAGACCCAGCUGGACACCAGUGCUGGGCCGAGCCGGAGCCACAACUCUUCUGCCUAGUAAGCACGACUGGUAUGGGUAAUGGUGUGAAGGAAGGUCAAGUGGGUUUAAAACAGAAUGGCGUGGAGCCAAUUGUACCCAGCCAUGUUCUAUCUGAGGGGAGCCCGGAGAAAAGGAAAGUGAUCCACUCCCUGAUGUCUGGUGCAUUGGCUGGUGCUGUUGCAAAAACAGCAGUGGCCCCGCUGGAUCGGACAAAAAUCAUAUUUCAAGUGUCUGCAAAAAGAUUUUCUGCCAAGGAAGCCUAUAGGCUGAUCUACCGCACCUACCUCCAUGACGGCUUCUUGAGCCUGUGGCGCGGGAACUCGGCCACGAUGGUCCGGGUGAUCCCUUACGCUGCCAUCCAGUUCUGUGCGCACGAAGAGUACAAGCAACUCCUGGGAAGCUACUACGGCUUUCAUGGAAAAACAUUGACUCCUUUACCCAGAUUCAUCGCUGGUUCGCUGGCAGGUACAACAGCUGCCAUGUUAACCUACCCCUUGGACCUGGUGCGAGCCCGAAUGGCUGUCACGCCGAAGGAGAUGUACAGCAAUAUCCUCCACGUCUUCAUCCGAAUCUCUCGGGAGGAGGGGCUGAAGACCUUGUACAGGGGCUUUGCGCCCACUAUCCUUGGGGUGAUCCCGUACGCCGGACUUAGCUUCUUCACCUACGAGUCGCUGAAGAAACUGCAUGCAGAUCACAGUGGGAGAGCCCAGCCAUACCCCCUGGAACGUCUCGCGUUUGGUGCCUGCGCAGGCUUGAUCGGCCAGUCGGCCUCCUACCCUCUGGAUGUGGUGCGUCGGCGAAUGCAGACGGCCGGGGUCACGGGACAUGUGUAUGGUUCCAUCCUGCCCACCAUGCGAGAGAUUAUAAGAGAAGAGGGACUAAUCCGAGGCUUGUACAAAGGACUCAGCAUGAACUGGGUCAAAGGUCCAAUCGCAGUGGGAAUAAGUUUCACGACCUUUGACCUUACCCAGAUCCUUCUCCGUAAAUUACAGUUCAGCACUAAUAUUGAAAGGUAGUGGCGUCAUUCCCCAGUAUAACAGGGGAGAAGUACAGUGUAAGUCUGUGUGUCUAGCAAACACUAGCAUUGUCCCAUUCUGUUAGUGCUACCCCCUACUGCUGAGAUUUUACUUUCUG